AUGGGUCAUAAUGAGAAGGAAGGAGGGAGACAGCGUCCUGAUAGCUCGUUCCUACCCUUCAAGCAAAUGCUUACAGAUUGUGGGAUGUUAGAGUUUCCUUUCACGGGAGACAUGCUUUCAUGGUACAUGAGGCUAUGGGGAUCAGACCAUCGCCCGAUUCUCGCAGACAUACUCACAAAGCCAACGAGAAGAUCAAAAAAAUUCAAAUUCGACAGAAGAUGGCUAGACAAUGAGGAACUAAGGCAAGUCAUUCUGGAAGGACGGAAAUCUCCUGAUCUUCCCCCCAAUGUGACUAUAAUGGAACAUAUCUCCAGCUGCCGAAAAGCCUUGAGUGAGUGGAGGAAACAACACAAUAUUAACUCGGCGAAGCUAGUGGAGGAGCUAAAGGAGAAAGUCGAGGGUUUAUACGCAGACGAUAAUGCGACGACUGAGGAAAUUGCAGCAACGUUUAAGGAACUCUCUGAUUCUCUUAAAGCAGAAGAAAUGUUCUGGAAAGAGAAGAGUAGAGUGUUUUGGUUGAGAGAGGGAGAUAAAAAUACAAAAUUCUUCCAUGCCUUAACGAAGCAAAGGAGAGCAAGGAACAAAAUCAAGCAGCUCCUGGAUGCAAAUGGUAACAUAGUUGAGGACGAGGAAGGUCUGGACUAUGGCCAAUGGUCUGAUACAAAUAUAUGUGUUAUCCCAAAGACAACCAAGCCUAAUGAUAUGGCUCAAUUCAGACCCAUAAGCUUGUGCAAUGUCAGCUACAAGAUCGUCUCUAAGGUCUUAUGCCAAAGACUAAAGAAAGUCUUGCCAGGAUUGAUAUCAGAAACCCUGUUAGCCUUUGUUGCUGGAAGACAGAUUUCAGAUAAUAUCAUGAUUGCUCAAGAAAUGUUUCAUGCCCUGCGAACUAAACCAAGUGGACGUAAUAAAAGGAUGGCCAUCAAGACAGAUAUGAGUAAAGUAUAUGAUAGGAUGGAAUGGUCGUUUAUUGAAGCUGUGAUGCGAAAGAUGGGCUUCUCUGAAACAUGGAUCACCUGGAUUAUGAGGUGCAUUACGUCGAGGAUUAAUGCAGCUACUAGGCAAGAGAUUAAAGAUGCACUUGGAAUACAUAAUGAUGGUGGGAUGGAAAAGUACUUGGGAAUCCCAGAGGAUAUUAGUGGCUCCAAAUGCAAACUCUUUGCAUUUCUCGAGGAUAACCUGAUGCAUAGAGUAAAUGGAUGGACAGGUAUAUGGCUCUCAAAAGGGAGAAAGGAGAGUUCGAAUCCACCAAAAAGAGGAAUACAUUGGGCGAAAUGGGAAAAUGUUUGUCUACCAAAAGAAGAGGGCGUGAUUGGCUUCUGUUUAAUUCAUGAGUUUAAUCUAGCACUAUUGGCAAAGCAAUUAUGGAGAUUGGUUCAGUACCCUGAUUCACUGGUUGUCCGAGCCUUGAGGGGCAGAUACUAUAGAAUGACCUCGCCAUUAAGAGCAAACUCUGCAAGUAGUCCAUCAUAUGUGUGGACAAGCAUUUUCACCGCAAGGAAGCUUUUGCUUCUGGGGAUAAGACAGAAGAUUCAUUCUGGUUAUGAAGUCAAGAUCUGGGAGGAUCUGUGGAUUCCAACGACACCUGCUAGACCAGCUACACCUGUAGCGCCUGUGAUGCACCCGAAUAUGAGAGUUAGUGACCUCAUUAAUCAGGAUUCGAAGGAAUGGGACGUAGAGAUACUAGAGGAUUAUGUCCAUCCCGAUGACAUACCACUCAUACGUAGUAUGGCCAUAAGCUCUACUCAUCGCGGUGAUACUUUCUGCUGGAACUACAUGAGGAAUGGCCAAUACACAGUUAAAUCUGGAUACUGGGAGUCUCCGUCGAUCGAUGCUUGGAUUCUUAGGGUGAUCGAUUCUGAGGUUGUACCGUCGAUCGACGUUGAGGUCGUGCAGUUGGUCGACGUUGAAGUCGUACCGUCGAUCGACGUCGAGAGCGUGCCGUUGGUCGAUGUUGAGGUCGUACUGUCGAUCAAUGUUGAGGUCGAGGUGUCGAUUGAUGCUGAGCUCGUGUCACUAAUAUCAGCUUCUUCUACUCUACUCAGCUCUCCAGAUCUAUGUUGUUCAUCACCCUCUGCCAUAAUGUAG